AUGACCAAGCCUGGUGAAGUUACCAAGUGGUUGGCAAGUCAGGAUGGACUGCAGAAUCUCACAAAGACCACUGGACCACUCCCGACACCUGGCAAAGAUGAGGUGCUUGUCGAAAUACAUACUGUCUCUUUGAAUUACCGAGACACUGAAGUUACCAUGGGUCUGUACACGCACCACAAGUACGUCGGGGCAGCUCCAUCGAUAGUCCCGUGCUCGGACAUGUGUGGCACUGUUGUCAGCAUUGGCGAGGACACGACCUCAUGUCCAUGGCGCGUUGGAGAUCGCGUUUUGUCAACCUUCUCCCAGUCACAUCUUACUGGGCAGGUUAAGGCCAAAGACUUAGCGUCCGGCCUUGGGUUGCCUUUGGAUGGUGUAUUGCAGACCUACAGGGUAUUUCCUGUUACAGGGCUAGUCAAGGCCCCGGAUUAUCUCAGUGACGAGGCUGCUUCGACACUGCCGAUUGCAGGAGUCACGGCUUGGAUGUCAAUCAAUGGCAUGAGACCAAUGGGUUCUCCAGGAGGUAGAGGAGAAACCAUCCUGGUUCAAGGCACGGGUGGCGUUUCAAUCAGUGGGUUGCAAAUUGCACAUGCUGCUGGCGCAAAAACAAUCGUCACAUCGUCUUCAGAUGCCAAACUCGAACGUGCCAAAGGCUUGGGAGCAACGCAUACCAUCAACUACCGGACCCACCCCGACUGGGAGAAGACAGUCAUGGAGUUGACCAACGACGAAGGUGCCGAUAUCAUCCUAGAGGUCGGCGGCGCCAGGACCCUACGCAAAUCGUUUGAUUGUAUUGCAUUCGGGGGCAUCAUCGACUGCAUUGGCUACCUGUCUGGGAAGGAGGACGACCCCGGUGAUAGGCUGAAUGUCAAUGUCCUGGCUCUGAGAAGAAAUGUCACCCUGAAAGGCAUACUCAAUGGUCCAAGAGACAGAUUUGAGGAGAUGCUCCAGUUUUAUCAGGAACAUCAAAUCCAGCCUGUCGUAGAUAAGGUGUUUGGGUUUGACGAAGCAAAAGAGGCUUUCCAGUACCUGUACAGUGGUGGACAUUUUGGAAAGGUGGUCAUCAAGGUAAAAUGA